CAUCCAUAUAGGCCAUAACAAAAUAAUUAAUCCCUUAUCAUGACCAGGGCUUCCACCAAUCAAGACCCACCACUGCUGGCUCCGGCGCCGAUCACUUCCAAGACCUCCGACAUGAACCCUCUCUCCGCCAUCUUCUCUCUAUUACUACUCUUAUUACUACCCGUCCUAAUUUACGCCGUCUGCCUUGUCAUAAAGUGCCCUGGGAGCCCUUUCCGGCAGAUCGGACGGAGCCCGGCCAGUGAACCGCCUGGAGAAUUGAAAGUGAAGAAACAGCCGCUGGUGGAGUUCUUCUCAACCUUAAAGUACGCGAAAGAGGAGCCGGAAAACGAGAGUGGCGUGACCGAAUGUCCGGUGUGCUUAUCAGUGUUUGUUGCGGGAGAAGAAAUUAGACAGCUAAAUGCAUGCAAACAUAUGUUUCAUGUCAAAUGUAUCGAUGUCUGGCUGGGUUCUCACUCCACCUGUCCGGUUUGCCGGACUUUCGUGCCGUUUAAGCGUUCCAAGCUGCCUGUAAUUGACGGCGAUGAUUGUAAUCUCCGACAAGAUCCUUCUGGUUUAGUUUGAUUGUUGUCUAUCCAGUGAUCUUGUAAAUAAACACCAGAUUUUGUUAUCUAUUUACCAUAUUUUAAACAAAUUUUGGUUUGUAGUCUGGGCGUGUGCAGAAAUUUAAUAAAAAAUUAGGAAUUACAGUUUAUUGGCUUUGAAGACUUGAGAGGAUCUACGGAGUCAAAUAAGUUCCAUUUGGACUACUGUAGCCGCAGUGUAAUGAAAGAAUUGUUAAUAAUGGUGAA